AUCCGUUGAGAAAAACAGAGAGAGUUUGCCCAUAUACUAUACUUCCAUUCACCCGACCCAAAACCCACGAUUUUAUUUAUUUAUUUAUUUAUUUUUGUUUUUAUUUUUAUAUUUAAAAAAAAAAAAGAAAAAAAAAGAAAGCGUCUAUGAAGAAAAAUAAAAAUUGGAAUCGACGGCCGGCUACGCGCUUCUCGCGUGAGAUCCCACGUGCUUUGAACUCCAUUCCAUGAAUAACCGGCCAACCAUCCCACGUGAACCCCUCUCCGUUUGUGAGUUUUCCCUUCUCCCCACCCAGCCAGCCAGACCGCAGUUUUCCCGCUACUCACCGACCCCACCCCCCCCCUCCCUUCACCGCACCCUUUCUUUUGGGCCGAAGCCAUAGCCGAAUCAUCCCCAGCCCCUUCCGACACUCUAUCCAAACCAUCAUGACCCAACCCCCCUCCUUCCGGUCCCGGCCCGCUUCCUUUUCGGUUCUCUACCCCUUAUCCCUUUCCCAUCCCCAUCCCCAUCCCCGGCCGACUCGCUCUUCAUCGCCGACGCUCCCUUCUUUUUUUAUCCCUUUCUUCUUCUUCUCUCUUUCUUUUCCUUCUCUCCCCAUUCCUCAUGGGUGAUCUCACCGAUUCUCACACCCCUUCCUCUGCUAACUCUCGCCAAGUUCCCAUUCGUGAGGAUUGUUGGAGCGAGGACGCUACUUCCACUCUCAUCGACGCUUGGGGUCGCCGUUUUCUCGACCUUAAUCGUGGAAAUCUCCGUCAGAAGGACUGGCAAGACGUUGCCGAUUCUGUUAACUCUCUCCACGGUCUUACCAAGAAGACCCAUCGCACCGAUGUUCAGUGCAAGAACCGGAUCGAUACCGUUAAGAAGAAGUACAAGACCGAGAGGGCUAGGGUUUCUGCUUCCCAUGGAAAUUUUCUUUCCUCUUGGCCUUUUUAUGCUCGUCUUGAUGAACUCAUUGGUCCUACUGUUUCCAUGAAGAAACCCUCUUCUCCUCCUUUGGCUCUUCCUUUGCCCUUCCGUAAGACUCCUCCUCCUUCCGCUGCUGCUUCUUCUGCUAUUGUCGCUGUCUCUCAGAAGCGACCUGCUGUUGCGAUGGAAGAUGUGUCUUUUCGGAGGAAUUACUCGGCUGCUGCCGCUGCUGCCGCUGCGGUUGCAUUGUCGGAGGAGGAGGAGGAAGAAGAAGAGGAGGAGGAGAGAGUGAGCGACGAUGACGAGGCGGAAGGUGAGGGCAUGAGUAGGUUGGCAAGAGCGAUUAAAAGAUUUGGGGAAGUCUAUGAAAGAGUGGAAGCUGAGAAAGUGCGACAAAUGGUGGAAUUGGAGAAGCAGAGGAUGCAAUUUGCUAAGGAUUUGGAGCUGCAGCGGAUGCAUAUGUUCAUGGAGACCCAGGUUCAGCUUGAGAGGAUUAAGCGAGGGAAGAAAUCAACUCCCAGUGGAUUAGAAAAUUUGUUCUCACGUUUCAAUGUUGCUUCUAGCAUGACUAUGUUUGGCCUCGGAAUGUUUGGGGAGGAUGUCUCCAAGGUCUUUGACGCAAGCCUCUAGGCGGAAAGCUGGAGGAAUAAUUUGAAGUGCAUGAUGUCUUCUUGUUGAUUAUUGGCUGUGGGGGGUGGCUCUAACUGUUAUCAUUGGUAUCAAAAGGAAAAAGGGGAAAAGGGUACUUGGUGGAUAAUUCCUUGCUCAAGAUUAUACCAUUGGAUCGUGUAGUUUUAUAUCAGUUUGUUUCCUCUGAAGAUUAUGAAACCAGCUCUCUGCCUCAUUAAUGAUGUCACGUGACAUACUUCCGCUCUAGUCUUGUUUUGUAGUGUACUUUGGUGUAACUAAUUUAAUUCAAGUUCUUCAAGAAUAUAAGAUUUUAUAUUUUCGAGAAUUGCUAAUGUAUAUUGUUUCUUGAAAACCUCUUCUACUGUCAAAUUUGCUAGUCAUAUCUCCAGGAAAACUGCCUUUCUAAUCUA